UGGUAUCGUUGCAGGACUGGUCGUUAUAACUCCGGGAGCUGGUUACGUUGAUUCCUAUGCCGCUGUUGCUUAUGGCAUAAUAGGUGGUAUGGUCUGUAAUUUGGCUUCUAAAGUGAAAUUGCGAUUAAAUUAUGAUGAUACUAUGGAUGUCUUCGCUGUUCAUGGUGUCGGCGGAUUCAUUGGAAAUAUUCUUACCAGUAUUUUUGCGGAUAAAGAUAUUGUUUUGCUUAGUGGUGAUGAAAUACCAGGUGGCGCUAUAAAUGGCAAUUUUAUUCAAAUUCUUAUACAAUUAUCAAGUUUUGCAGGAAUGUUUUACUCUUUCGUCAUAACUUUAAUCAUUCUUUACAUUAUGAAAACGAUUAUGAGAGUAGAUCAAAAUUUUGAUUUACGGUUAACAAACAAUGCUGAAUUAGAGGGUACAGAUAAAACUGAACACGGUGAAUCAGCUUAUUGUUUUGAUGAUUUAUAA